AUGAGUUCCGAUCCAGCAUCUGCCUCAUACUUGUCAGAUACCAGCAAGUAUGGGUAUGACUUUGUCGUGUCCACCACUCAAGCAUCUAUCAACUCAGGCCUGCUUGAAUACCUGGAUAGUGACAGUUUACCGGAAAUGUACAUUUGCUAUUAUGCAGACGGCAAUGCCAACAUCGUCGGUGAGAUCAGUCUCGAUGAUGUUGAGGAGCAGUCUGGAUAUAACCCCUUCGACAUCCCCGACGGUACCGACUACGAUGAUCCUCGCAUCACUGCCCUCACUACUAAGGCCAAAUUCAUCGUGGGCAUCCGGAUGAAGCUUGGGCUGCCACCAGACAUCCUACCCAAAGACCUACCAAAGCCCGUCGUCGAAUUUGGCAGCAGUAUCAAUGACAUAACAUUCCGCAUGUUCCUCUGA